AUGGAAAUGGACGGAUGGGAAGAAUUCGUGGACUCUGAUGGUCAGACUUAUUACUACCACGAGGGGCAAAAUCUUACUCAGUGGAACCGACCAGAGCCUCACAAUGAAAUUGCAAAGAUCUUUGAAAGCAGUUCAGCUGAACAGUCGUUAGAUGACAGAAUCGUGCGUGUGUUUCGUCGAUACGAUACGGAUGAGAGUGGUGAGCUAUCGAUUGACGAGUUCCAGCUCUUUUAUCGAGCACUUUUAGGUCGUGAAAGCGCCAAUAUAAGUGAUGCGCAAGUUCAACAAGUUUUUUCAAUUCUCGAUGCAAGUGGUGACGGACUUGUGACGUUUGAAGAGUUUCAACUCUGGUGGAAAACAAAGUUACAGAUUGAAGAAAACGAGUCGAUCGAAGCUGCGAGAAUCGCACGCGUUGAACGUCGACGUGACAUUUGUCGUCACUUUUUGAAGAAUGCAGAUGCAAUUGUGAUUAUUGUUCAAAAUGAUACGACUGAAGAAUGUUUUGAUUCCAAUCUACUUCCGCGACUUGUAGCAUUACUUGGUGAUUUUCUACUUCGUGGUUUAGCGUACCGUCAAGCUUUAUAUGACCUUGUAGCAGACCCGAUGCAACAAUUAGUCUCUCUCGAUCAAUUUCUCGCUUGGUAUGAUCAUUUCGAGAGUACAGAGCAGGAAAAGCUUGAGAUUGUACGAGCGAAUUUGCAUGCAGAAGCACAACUUCGUAUGCAGCAUGAAGCUAAAGCUGCUGCAGAAGAAGAACAAUUUCGUCGUAAGCAAAUGGCUUCUAAUGGGCUUGAUGUAGCUAUUACAGAGUACGAGACCGAGCAACAACAAGACAGAAAGAUUGCUGUUUUAUUCAACGCUUUUGACGCGGAUCAUUCAGGUCUUCUGAAUGCAGGCAAACUCUUGUCACUUAUUAAAGCACUUGGUCAUGAUAUGGAUAUAAAGCAAGUUACUCGUUUGGCGAAAAUUAUUGACACCAGUGGAGAUGGUCAGAUCAAUAUUGAGGAAUUUCUGGCAUUUUGGAAAACUUUUAAGCGUGGUCAACCGAUCAUGCAUCAAUUUCAACAUCAUACCGUGCUAGAAUCAGUUUCUCAAGUCGACGCAAAUGAAGUGCUUACGUCUAUCGCAUUAAAAAAGCGUGUGUAUGGAUUUAAACGCUUCGAUGUGACUACAAUUGAAAUCGAAGUUGUAGACUGCAUCAGAUCGAUUAUAAAUGAUUUAAAGUUACGCAUUACUCCACUUUUGAAACCUGAUGCAGCUCAGCGGAUUCAAGCAUUGGGACGCGGUCACUUGGCCCGAAAAGGGGUAUUCCGACUCGUUUGUAGUCGAUAUAAUAUGCAUGUCGAUACGACAACUCGUCUGUUUUACUUUACUGAUAUACAAACAGGUAAUGUCUUAUUCACUCGACCACUUUACCCCACCAGCACGUCUGCAGUGGCUCCUUUUGAAAAAAACGAUUGUUUUUCGAAAGCACACAGAUCAAGGUACAAACACCGUCCAAUGCUGGCAUAUAGUGCGUUCUACUUUUACGAUGUGGUUUCCACCGUGGAGCAACGUCUGAGUUGCAAUAUUUGGACGCAAUUACGUUCGCCCAAACCGGAUGUUGUACUUUUACAAUUGAUUGCGCGACGUCGACCACGUCAGCUCAGGCAACGUAGUCAUGACUUCGCGUAUCUUCCCCUCCACUAUGUUGUUCGUCAUAUGCCCUUGCAAGUUGCCCUCGUACGCUCGUUUGUUGACGGAUACCCUCAAGCGCUAAGUGAGUAUGAUGCCUUUAAGAUGACUCCUUUACAUGUUGCUUUGCGCAAUCAGCACUCAACCAUUAAUCUUGUUACCCUUUUGGCUCGAAAUCCUUUGACUGGAAGGUCGAUAGAGAUAGAGAAAACCUCAAUAUGGGCGUGUCAAACAAUCAAUGGUGAUACUCCUUUGCAUGGAGUGAUAAGCUAUGGUACAUCUUUCAACGUAUUUCAAUGGGCUCUUUCUGUUUGUGCUCAAGAAAUUCAAAAUCUUGUACCACAGCUGCUCAAUGAGCGGGGUGAGUCUGCUUUUCACUUGUUCAUUACUCACCAACAGCAUUUGGCAGGUAAUUUCACAUCGUCUGAGUUAAAAAGAAGCAUGCGGCUCUUUUUCAAGCUCUUUGACAGAACUGUUCUUUGCACUAUACCAACGAAACAAGGAGAUUUGCCCUUGCACCUUGCGAUAGAUGGCUUUUAUCGAUACAAACUGCGAGUGGGAAAAGGCUUCAUUGCUCACCAAAGUCUCAACGAAGAGAAGCCUCUGGCUACAGGCUGGUUGUGGCUUAUAAAACGUCUGUGCUUAUACUACCCUGCAGCUCUUUUGACUCCAAAACGUAACAGACUUCUUCCUGUGCACCUUGGGAUCAAGUAUGGGAUUCCAGAAGAAUUGGUGAUUUUAAUGUUUGAACUGACAGCUGACGCAGUAAUUAAGUCGAGACAUAUACCGUCCGAAGAGCAGGAGAAAUGGCUUCUUUCUGCCACUGCGAUCGCAGCUACUCGAACGACGCUACUGCACUUGGUCUUAAUGCACCAGCCAAAAGCCACAAAGCUGCUUUCGCUUUUACUUUCUCGUAUGCCAGCAGCUUGUCGUUUAACUUCUUUAGUGAAUGGUAACCUCCCAAUUCAUGUGGCUGCAGCAGCACCAGGUUUACACAUUGAGAUUCUUCACAAAUUGUGCACAAUGUACGACAAAGGAUGUCGGACUUACAAUAACAAACGGUAUUUGCCACUGCACAUGGUGAUCGUUUACAAUUCGAAAUGUGUAACCAAAGUACAAGUUUUACUGCGAUAUUGUCGCGAGAUGAUUUUAGCUCAUCCUGAAGAACACUCUGGCUUACGUGCUUUACUAAUGACCGCAAAUACCAAGUUACCAGAUUAUGGAAUAUUAUUGACCCUGUUAGAUGCUACAGCAAACAAUCAAAUGGUUGUGAAUCAAACCAUGGAUCAAUCUCAGAUUGUAACGCCAUUGUACGCACUCUCUUUGCGUUGUUGUACUCCAGAAAUUACUACCAAAGACGUCGCCAAGCGCUGUUUCAACGAAUACGAAAAAAUUGAUAAUGAUGAAGCGUAUUUUCUUGCCCUUGCCAAGUGUAAUCUUCGAAAACAGCAAGAUCAUCCAACAAUUCGAUGGACGUUCAAUAGCAUUGUCGAACAAUUAAAAAACAAAUCAUCAGAUCAGGCCCUGAUUCAGCGGGUACUGUACGUCUUAAACGAAAAGAUUAGAGCAAUGAAUCAAGAAGACGAGCGAGUAAGUAAUAAGAAAAGUAAGCGCAAAGGAUACGGCAUGGUUGUUGAUACCGUCACGUUGAACAAAGAUCUCAUGCUUGUGCGUACAGUGCAUCAACUAAUGUUCAACUUUCCACUCAAUCCAAUUCUUCAGAAACUAGGUCAUGCCGUUUUGAAAAAGCUACUUCCUUCACCAUACAUUCGCGCAGUAUACAGAGCAAAGAUUGAUCCGUACUUUAAUUUGUCAUUGGUAUGA